AUGCUGCUGUGGCUACUGCUUGUGAACUACGGAAGCCAUCACAGGGACCUCAUCUUGCGCCUCUGCAGCACCAAAGUGCAGCAGAAGUAUCCGCAGCUGAAAGUUAGCUGGGAGUUACUAGACUAUGACGCGGCUGCUUCCGUCGAGGUGACUCUAGUGAAUGGACAGACGCACAAGCAGCUGCUGGAGGGCUACAGCUCAGCGCAGAGGCGCGAAAUCAUAGACAAGUGGCGCUUUAGCGCUAGUCUCGAACCGUGGGAAGAAGUUCUGGCGCCGAAGCCUCCCGCAACAGCAGCAGCAACAGCAGCUCCACAGGGAGACAAGCCGAAAUAG